UCUGAAAAGUCCUUUAAAAAUGGUAGAUAGCGUCCGCGAUCCAUUGCAGCGCACUUUACAGGAUGAUAAGAACUUUAUUUGUGGCGUUGUCGAGGGCUUUUACGGUCGGCCCUGGUCCUUGGAGCAGCGCAAGGAUUUGUUUCGCAAAUUUAAGAUGUGGGGAAUGUGCUCCUAUGUGUAUGCCCCGAAAGAUGAUUACAAGCACCGAGCCUUCUGGAGAGAGCUCUAUACAGUGGAUGAGGCUGAUAAUUUAUCAGGAUUAAUAUCGGCCGCAAAAGAGGCCGGAAUAGUUUUCUAUUAUGCGCUGUCACCCGGCUUAGAUAUGACCUAUAGUAGCCAGAAAGAGAUUGCAACAUUGAAACGAAAGUUGGAUCAGGUUUCACAAUUUGGGUGUGAAGCGUUUGCACUGCUGUUUGACGACAUCGAGUCCGAACUCUCAAAGGCCGACAAGGAAGUGUUCCAGACAUUUGCCAAUGCACAAGUUUCUGUCACAAACGAAAUUUACGUGCACUUGAGCAGCCCAAAGUUCCUUUUCUGUCCUACACAAUACUGUGCGUCACGUGCCGUGCCGAAUGUACACGACUCUGAGUAUUUAAACACAUUGGGAUCCAAGCUCAACCACAACAUAGAUAUACUGUGGACGGGCAACAAAGUCAUCUCAAAGACUAUAACAUUGGAGUCCAUACAGGAGAUCACAGAAGUACUUCGUCGGCCGCCGGUCAUUUGGGAUAACUUGCAUGCGAACGAUUAUGAUCAGAAGCGUGUUUUUUUGGGCCCAUAUGUGGGCCGUUCACCUGAGCUGAUUCCCCAUCUCCGUGGCGUAAUGACAAAUCCAAAUUGUGAGUUCUACGCCAACUUCAUUGCGAUACACACACUGGCCUACUGGUCGCAGUGCAAUAUGGAUUCCAAAAUGAACAGUUCGCUGUCGGCCGAUAUCAAGCUAGAGACUGAAAACGAGGACGAACUGCCUGUGGAGUUCCUCUCGAAAAACAUUUACCAUCCGCGAUUGGCACUCAAAAAUGCAAUAUCUGAAUGGCUGCCCGAAUUCUUUAUGGAGAAGGAAGCCUGGGGACCUAUAACAAAACCACAACCCCAAGUUCAAAUGGUCAUGCCUAUUAUACCGAUUAUACCAUCGAUCAACACUUGCAUGAGUUUGACGACAACGACAACCACAUCGACCAAUACUCGAACCGUUCCGGAGGUGAACACCACCCAGCUGCAGGCGUUGGCCGAUGUCUGCAGCACGGUCAAUUCCUCAUCACUUACACCCAUAUCAAAUGCAGUGAUGAAUUCUUUGGUAUCGCCAACUAAAGUUGUUACUAAUGAUGAGAUUAUAAACCCUAUACCAACCACAGCCGCAUCUAACAUUGAGUUACCCAAGAAGAUACCCAUAUCUAUAGUACCAGUACCCAUAAUGGAAGCAAAAGGUGUGGAAGACUCUGGGGACUCGGCUGCUGAAAGUGAUGGCACAGAACCGGCAGAGCCUACCACACCCAAGCUUUUGAAGCCAGAACAGGUAGAGUCGGCCGCUUCUGUUGAGGAUGAUAUUAUUUUUGAAGGGAAGCCAGGAGUGGUUGCAAACCUAAGUGUUGACACCAUGCUGGACGAGGCCAGUUCGAGUCCACUGAGCACAGGUAUUAACGAACCCAUGGAGUGCAGCAGCAGCAUAGCUUCGCAGAUCUCUCCAAAGGAAGCUACAAAGCUGGUUGCUGACGAUGUCGUUAUGUCCUCAGUAAACGAUUUGCAUAGCAUGCAUGUGGAGAGUUCGUCAUCGUCACCGCUCUCCAAUGCCGAGAUGAACGAAGAUGAGGCUGAAGACAAUGACAAAACAAAUGCGAAUUCCGGCAAAAUUAAUGCAGACGACCUGGGACUGCUCUGUGAUCUGUUCUAUCUCCCAUUCGAGCACGGCAGUCGUGGUUUAAAACUGCUGAGUGAGUUCAAUUGGCUGAAAAGCAAUGCUAAUGUUCUGCUUCAUGAGCGCAGCAGCGGCGAUGCUAAUAAUGGAACGACUGCUGCCAAACCGGAAGUGACGGAGUGGUUGCAGCGGGCCGAACAUUUUUCCACACUAUGCGGCAACGUUCAGACCUUGCUAGUCAAGAUUGCCGGUUGUGACAACAAGGAAAUAUGUCACGAUCUGUAUGCCUAUGUGUGGGACAUUUCAGGUGCAUUGUCGCUUCUUAACGGCUACGUAAAAUGGCUAGCUCUGGCACAGUUUCCACCUAACAUGUGCUCCUACACGCAUGGCAGCUAUACGUGGUUCAGCAAAGGCUGGAAAGAAGCUUUUAUGUCUGGUGAUCAGGAGCCAUGGGUGUUUCGUGGCGGUCUCACAGCCGACUUGCAGCGUCUAAUGCCCGUCGAUUCGGGCAAUGAUUUGUUCGUUUACAAAUUGCCAGAGCAGCCCACCACCAACUAUUAUCUGCUGAGGCCUUUUAUGCCCGCUGAUGAGCAGCAUGUCUAUAGAAUCUGCACGCGCACAUAUCUGGACUAUCAUAACGAAAACGAUCUGGAGAUACCGGCUGAUGUGGCAAACAUAAUAGCGGACAGCGAGGUGGGCGCAUAUAUAACGCUGAAUCCGGAGUUAUGUAUCGUAGCCUACGACGAGUUCAACACAAUUGUCGGCUAUGCCUGCGCGUCCUUGGAUGUAAGCAUAUUCCAACGCAAUCUCGAUGUAUGCUGGCUUCCCGAAAUGCGUGAAAAGUAUCCAAAAUCUUUGUUGGAAACUGAAGGCAAUGCGGACGAGGGUUUUCAAAAACGUACGGAGUUUCUGUCGCAUUUUUUGGAAAAGUUUCAUAACAACUGCACCACAAAGGCAAGUCCUGCCGACGUAAUUGGCUCUUUUCCGGCUAUAUUAACCGCCGCAACAUUGCCAGAUGCCGAACAUAGGGACAACGGCAUUUCUAAGCGUCUAUUGACCGUUCUUUUGGCCGCUCUGCGUGCCAACGGUUGCUUUGGUGUGCACGUCUGUGUGGCUGAGAAGGACACAGAGAAGGUGGCUUUCUAUUCCAGACUGGGAUUUGCUGAGAUAUAUCGUGAUGGUUCCGAUAACUUGAUAUACUUUGGACGUCGCUUCUAGCAGCCGCGGCACAGGACUCGUAUAAUCCUGGCCAGGCCGCAUGCUCAGCAUCGUAGUUUGGCAGAAAGACCAACUAUCACUGCCCAAAAAAAUGAUUCUAUUUUUUACAACGUUCCUUAAUACAUUGGCACUGCGCACGCUUCUCGUCCUUGGCGCACUUCUCUCGUAUUUUAUUUUGUAUUGUCGUGGAUAUUUUUAUACUUUCGUAGUAUUGACAAGCCAUCUUGUGUGUACGCAGAAAUACGUAUGCCGGCUUUCUCCAAUUCUUAGCAUGUAUGUCACUAAUUUAAGCAGUUUUUCUCAGCACUGUAAGUUGCAUUCUUGAAUCGGAAAACAAUAAAAAAAAUACAUAAUCAACAA